AUGCAUCCUUGGGAAAGAGAUGCUCGCAUGGCAAGGAAGGCUUUAGACGGACGCCCUCAAGCAUAUGGCUUACUCAUUGAACUUGCAUGCACCAAAUCAUCAUACGAGCUCUUGGGAGCUAGGAAAGCAUACCAGUCCCUCUACGUUAGAUCAAAGGCCAUAAAACUUGGUAUAACCAAUAAUAGACAUGGUGAUAAGAAGAAGCUAUUCAAAGAUGAAGAGAUUGUAAGGAUUCUAGCAACAAAAAGCAAGCCUUAUCUCAAGGCCGUCUUCAAAGGUUACAAGGAGACUUUUAACAAGAACAUUGAAGAGGAUCUUGAUGAGACAAGUUUGAAGGAAACAAUUUAUUGCUUGUAUGCUCCUCCGAUGUGUUUCAGUAAGAUUUUAGAUUCGGCAAUGAAAGCUAACACAAAUGAGGAUGAAAAAGAAGCCCUAACUCGAGUUAUUGUAACCCGAGCCAAUGUUGAUAUAAAAAACAUUGCUGAGGAAUAUAAUAAGCAAUAUGGAACUCCUCUAACCAAGAAGAUUGAAGAUGUAGCUCUUGGAAAUUAUAAAGAUUUCUUGGUCACGUUGGUCCAAAGAGCUGGUUAA